AUGGCAUCACGAAAUUGCCUCAUAGACUUCCAGGACGCACCUUGGCGCCAACCUGAGAAGCUCAACGAUGGUGCCCUUCGCCCACUUACAUCUAAGGAGACUAAGGCCUAUAUCCUUAAGAUCUGGAACUUGAAGGGUAAACUAUCCAAUGAGCCAGACGAGAAGUUGCGAAAGGGCCGGCUUGAGCUCAACAAAGCCAUGCGCAAUGAUGCCUUUAGAAGAGGAUUGGAUAGACGCCGACCCCAAAGAUUUACGUGGGAGGUUCAGAGUCGACAGACUUUCAACACUGCUCGUAACGACCUCGAAGCGAAGAAUGAUCAGGAGGCCCAGUUGAUCCAUGAGCUAAUAACCCUUGUUCCGGGGGACGUGGCACCAAAUACUGCGGCUGGACAGAGAUCGAGUCAGCCACAGCCGGAUGUUAGCCAGCAGGGUUGCAAUUCGCCUCUGCCAAAGGGAACCUUCCCUGUACUGAAUUUCCCUUCUCGAGCGCCUUCCCCAGAUCCCAUGCAACCCAUGCCAUUGAUAGGUUAUCCCUACCGGUCCCGAGAGACUGGUGAUUACCUUGAUCAGCUCAUUGCAGACAUGAAUCCUUCCAACCCAUUCAAGAAAGACGCAAUGUUGUCGGCUUGUCCAGAUCACUACAGUGAUAUUGACGAAACGGGUCAAGAUGUGCUGGAGUAUAUCUUGGCCGAGGCAGCAGCGUUGCAAAGCGCUCUGUACAAGCACAAUUACCCCGAGCUGGACUUACCCGACAAUGAAAUUCCAUCGCCUCACAAAUAUGGAGCAAGUGUCCUCCCGCUACGUUAUCUCCAGAACGAUACUUUCCCAGAGCUGGGCGGAUAUGACGAGGAACUCUUGGGCAAUGGCUUCAGGCGAUAA